AUGUCUUCUAAUGUGUGUGAUAUAAUUAAUGGGAUUGAUAAUUAUUUUGUUGAUGAUCCGAACACCCCGGGAGAACAUACUUCUGGAAGUUUAUUAAGUUUUAAUUGCCCUAAUAAUAACUGUGAUAGUUAUGACAAAAAAAUUAGUUCUACUUUUAUAGAAUUACUAAAAUAUUUUGAGUAUAUUGAUGAUGAGGACAAUUUAGAGAGUGAUCAACUUGCUGAAUAUGCUAUUUUAUGGUUAAGUUAUAGACUAAAUCAAAAAAAAGGAAGUGGAACCACCAAAUUAUACGAUUUUUAUACUAAUAAUAUAAAAACAAAUAGUCAAUAUGAGGAUAUAUCUACUGAUAGUAAUAGUAAGAUUAAAAAGGAUGUUAUAGAAAAUAAAAUAAAAUCGAUGAAUAUUGAUAUUAAAGAUAUAUCUAAUUUUUAUGAUGCAUUUAAAUCAUUAUUUAACAUGUAUAGUGAAUUUGAUCCAGAAAAAAAUACUGAAUGCAAGACAUGUUUAGAAAAUGUUGGAGAAUUGUUUGAAAAAUAUGAAAAACUUAAAAAUGCUUUAGAUAUUAAUAAAGGAAGUUCUUAUUAUGAACUAUUGUCUAGUUUAUCAAAUGAUUAUAAAAAAUUUAAAGAGAAAUAUAAUAAUCUUGGAUGUAGUCAUAUAUCACCACUUGUAGCUUGUCCACGAAGUUCAGUAACAAAAAAUAUACUAAUUACAAUUGCAAUUAUAUUUGUUGUAGCAUCAAUUUUAUUGGGAGUUUCUUAUAAGUAUUCGUUAUUUGGAUUUCGGAAACGAUCUCAAAAACAACAUUUAAGAGAAAAGCUAAAAAAAUAA